AUGCUGUGCCACGGGGAGGGCCUGCUGAGCUCCCUGACGGCGCUCAUGGCGCUGGCGCUGGCGCUGAGCCGCAGCCCGGCGCUGGCCUGCCUGCUGCCGGCUGGGCUCUACCUGGCGCUGCACCUCUUGGCCCUGGAGCCGGCGGCGCCCCAGAGCGCUCAGUGCGUCCUGCGGCCCCGCGGCGGCGCCGCCCGCAUCGCGCACCGCGGCGGCGCGCACGACGCUCCCGAGAACACGCUGGCGGCCAUCCGACAGGCAGCUGAGAAUGGAGCAACGGGUGUGGAGCUGGAUCUUGAAUUUAGUGCAGAUGGUGUCCCCAUUCUCAUGCAUGAUGACACGGUGGAAAGGACAACUGAUGGGGCUGGGAGACUUCAAGACCUGACUUUUGAGGAAAUCAGGAAGCUUAAUCCAUCUGCAAAACACAGGCUACGGAACCAAUUCCAAGAUGAAAAGGUACCAACUCUGAGAGAAGCUGUUGUGGAAUCUAUGCAUCACAAUCUUACAAUCUACUUUGAUGUCAAAGGCCAUGCAAAUCAGGCAGUUGAUGCUCUGAAACAACUCUACCAAGAAUUUCCACAGUUGUAUAACAGCAGCAUAGUCUGUUCUUUCAUGCCGGAUGUUGUUUAUAAGAUGAGACAAGCUGACAGAAAUGUUGUGACAGCACUGACACACAGGCCUUGGCAGUUGAGUCACUUGGGAGAUGGGACACCCCGAUUCAAUUCCUUCUGGAAGCAUUUCUUGUACAUGGUGAUGGAUGUCAUUCUGGACUGGAGCCUCCACAGUUUCUUGUGGCGAUUGUGUGGGGUUUCAGCUUUCCUCAUACAGAAAAAUUUUGUUUCUCAGGACUAUGUGAGGCACUGGUCUUCCAGAGGAAUUCAAGUGGUUGCCUGGACAGUGAACACGUUUGCAGAGAAAAGCUACUAUGAAAGUGUCCUUGACUGCAGCUACAUCACCGACAGCCUGGUGGAGGACUGUGACCCUCACUACUGACCCAGCCCCACCACACUGCCCUCCAGGGGCAUCCAGCAGUGCUGAUAGAAUGCUGAGGAGAGCUCUGGGAAACACAGAGCAGUUGGCUUCUGCCUGUGCUCACAUCUCACAUGCAGGAACCCUCUGGUGCACUGACCAAAGCUGUGGUGCAGCCACACACAGUCUGAGGGAAGCACUGUAAUGUGAAAGAAUCAAAUUUGACAACCCCCUUGGGCCAUAUCUUGUCUGUGCA